AUACCCUUGAUGUAAAAAAAAUUAUUUUCAGCAAACAAAGCGGGUCGAUUUCUCUUGGAAUCCUCACUAUGAAGAAUCGUUCAACUUUUACGAUAGUAAACUGCUGGAGGAUACCAAAAAUGGUGUGCCAGAGGUUACGGAAUUUUGGCGUAAUUUGGCUUUAUGCCAUACAGUGAUGCCAGAACGGGACAAGGGACAACUGGUCUACCAAGCUCAAUCUCCGGACGAAGCAGCGCUCACCUCCGCUGCACGCAACUUCGGUUACGUAUUUCGAGCUCGUACUCCGCAGUCAAUAACCAUCGAGGUUAUGGGUAAGGAAGAGGUUUACGAACUUUUGUGCAUCCUUGAUUUCAACAAUGAACGUAAGCGAAUGUCUGUAAUCACAAAGAAUUCGCAAGGAAAGAUUCGUCUGUACUGUAAAGGAGCCGAUAUGAUGAUUAUGGAAAGACUGAAGCACUCCACCUCCCCAUUGCUUGUCAGCUCCACCAACACUCACCUUGCUGAAUUCGCUAAUAUCGGUCUUCGUACUCUUUGCCUAGCAUAUAAGGAUAUCGAUCCAGCUUAUUACGAAGAUUGGAUUAAGCGUCAACAAGCUGCUGCUGUUGAUAUGUACAAUCGAGAGAAAAAACUUGACGAGAUCUAUGAGGAGAUGGAGCGGGAUAUGACACUAAUCGGAGGAACAGCUAUAGAGGACAAGCUCCAGGAUGGAGUUCCGGAAGCAAUUGCCCGAUUGGCUGAGGCAAAUAUCAAGAUCUGGGUUCUGACCGGUGACAAAACAGAAACAGCCAUAAACAUCGCGUACUCAUGUCGCUUGCUUACGGACGAUAUGAAGGAGAUAGUGGUGAUCGACGGUCAGACCCAUACCGAGGUGGAAGUGCAGUUGAAGGAUACGAAGACCACUUUCGACCGUAUCAUGAACACCGCGGUGAGCUCAUCUCGACUGCUGAAUCCAAUGGAUGGUUCAGCGACGGAACUUCUAUCGCUUUUUCCUCGUUCUCUACCUUUUCCACUGUUAAAUGUCGGCAUUUUUCGGUUAGCGACGACCUCGUCAGCUCGUUAA